UUUAAUGAAAAUGUUCAAACCUGUGAAUAUUGCCUACUAGAGCUAUAUUGCACGUUAUUGAAGAAAAACGAGUCGAAUAUAGUAGACACUUGUAAUUGUAAUUAGAAUUGCAAUCAGAAAAUAAACUUUUGAAAAAUGUCAAGUGCGAGCUGGACGAGCUACGGCCGAGCGAAUCUUUUGCUUCUGCUUAGUCUCCUGCUGCUGUGGUUGGUUGAUGGAGGCGAUGGCGCUCGCAUCAAUCGCUCAGCCCUGCUGGACAAUGUUCGCUCUGAAUACAUUGACCCCAACAACCGCACCAUCUGGACCAUGUUCAAUCUGACGGAGGCACAGGUGAGCCGCAUCAGAGCCGGCAGCAAUGUCAGUGGCAAGGAGGAGACCACACAGGCCAUCAACAAUCAGCUGCUGAAUCAUAUUCGCUCCCAACGCCUGAACGAGAUACGUAACCAAAUUGAGAACGCCGUCUCCAACAAAUCCGAUGACAAGGAGGAGAAGCCCACAUCCCAUGAGGUGGCCGGCUAUCCUGUCUGCAAUGCCGAGACAAGCGCCUGGCAGCACUCGAACAAUGUAACGCUGGAGUUUAGCAGCAGUGUGUUCGAGUGUCGCAGCCCAAAUCUGACCUUGGAGAGCGCGACGCUGCGGCUCUUCAAACUGAAUCCCAAAGGCAGCUCAGGAAGCCCGCCGAGCGAGGAGAGUGCGAGCAAGCCAACGACAGGCUGUGCAAGUCCUUUGCUCGAAUCGCAAAUACGCAUCACCGUGUCCGUUGUGCUUCAGCUGAAGAAGAAACGUAAGCAAGAGCGCAAGAAGCGCAUUUGCAAUACGAUGAUGCUGAGCAGCAGUAAAUCGGGCUGGGUGGAAAUCGACAUCAAGUGCGCCAUCCAGUAUUGGGAGCAACAGCAAUCACAGCCCCAGCACGCACAGCCACCCUUCGUGAUUGGCCUGCUGAUGAUCGAGGUGCAUGACGAUGAGGAGAAUCCGCUGAAGCCAGGCCUAUACUUUCAGCCACCGAAAUGCGAGCAGGCAGGUACAGCAAUCCCAUGGGGCUUCUACAGAUCGGGAACGUUUAUGCCUGAUGAUAAAAAAAUCGUCAUGCCAAGAAGCCCAAGGCUAGACAUACGUUUCAGUGGCGCUGGAUCCUUUGUGGAUAAUAAUGCUAACCCUGAAAUCUAUAGAGUUCUAACCGAAAAUGUAAAACGAGAAAUCAACGACCAGUACAUUGAUAUCGAAUCAACCACUCUAAGUUCGCCAACUGCUGAUAAUUUACUAGACAAUAGUGAGCACGAGAGUAAGGAGAGGGAACAUAUUCAUCAGCAUCGUAAGCGUCAUCAUCACAGCCCAGCAACGGAAUCCGAAUCAGUAGACACUGAAGAGUCCAGCAAUAGCAGCAGCGGCGAUCAAGCGGAGCCCCAUCGCACACACCAUCACACGAGCCGACAUCAUCAUCAUCAUCAUCCCCACCAUAGUCAUCCUUACAAGCAUCGUCAUGCCAAACAGCAACAGGAGUAAUCGCUCGCAAUUAGUUCUCAUGCGCGCCAUUAUCAGAUCGGCAUAUCAAUAGCUAUUAACAGCAGCGCUCACAAUAUCUAGCAAAGGAUAAUUACACACACACACUCUCACACACACACAAUCAUGUAGUCACACAACCGCAAACCCAAAAGCAUACUGCACAUGUCCAACACUCUGAUUAUCAUCAGAUUUUUUUCUCAUUUUUUUGUGUUUAUAAUUUAGUGCCAGUUGACUUAAUUAGUUUCUAAAUUGUGUAAACUAUUCUAAAUUAAGUUAUAGUUUCGUUUUAAGUUAAGCGUAUUGACAAGUUUUUACAAACAAAAAUUUGUUUCAAAUAUUAUUUUAUAAAAUCUCUCUUAUAUUAGGAGUCUGUGAUUUAGAUGUGGUUGCGAACUUGCAAACUUGUUUGGGUUUAAAUUAUUUGGAAACCUUGAAACUAAUACAUUAGUCUAGUAGUAUUUACUAAACAGAGCCAUUUGCUCGCUUGCCCAUCACCAUACUAUUUAGAUGUUAAUUACAAAUUGUACAAACACAAUAUUUCGAGACCAUUCAUACACACACUGCACAGCACAAAGUCCAUAGCUCAAAACCCAAGUGCAUUUCAACUUUGUUAAACAAAAUCAAUCAAAUGCUAACUUUUUCGUUUUUGAAUCCCCUGUCAAAGCUAAAAAGUGCCUUCCUGCUUUUAAGCUGUUACAUUUGAAAGUUACAACUUCUUAACCCUAUUUGUGUGGUUCAUUAACCUCGUCGAAUUGCGAAUAUAAACUCAAGCUGAAGAUCAGCUUGUGUACAUAACGUAUACAAUAUAAUUGGGCAAGAAGUCAAAUGGAAUAAAAUACAUACGUGCUUGCAUAUUGCAUUCAUACUCAUAUCUUACUUAAUUAUAUUUAAAGGCUUUCAAUAAAGGUACAUGCAUACAUACAUACGUAUAUACUA